AAAUGGCGGGUAAUGCUGUGUAUUGUUGUAUGGGUAUAUGUAACUACUUUCAGAUAUUUACAACUGCAAGUCAGUGUCUAUAGUGACAUGGAAAACUACAUUCCUAAGUUGCCACUUAGAAAAUCCUUGAGGCAUAUCACAGAAGACAGACUGAGUCAAAUUGUACAAACUUUCCAUGAUGCAGAUGAAGAGGGCAAAGGAUUUUUGUCUAGUGAGGAUCUCAAAGUGGCAUUUGUGUCCCUUUUUGGGUAUAAGCCAUCCAAAAAUGAAGUAGCACAACUCAUGGGCAAAACACAAACUGCGGUUUCCAGAGUCAACACUUUAUCACCUGGUGAUCAACCCCUAGCUACAAAACCAAAGGCCUUUGGGGGUGAAAAAACCUCUGAUCACAACCAUAUGUCUUUGGAACAUUUCACAGAGAUAGCAAAAAGGAAGAUUUUGGCAGAAGAUAACAAUGACGAAAUUCGUCAGAUGUUUAUUGCAUUUGAUGCCAUGUGCUAUGGUUUUAUCACAUUAGAUAUUGCUAAGAGGAUAUUUCAACAUGUUGCACCCUUUUUAGACUCUGUUACCAUAGAGAAGCUGUUUCAUGAGGCAGAUAUGGACCGAGAUGGGAGAGUGAGUUACAGAGAUUUUGAAUUCCUCAUGAACUUCGAGCUGGACGAGUGGCUGUAAAGGAAAAAUCUUACCCUUAUCCAUGUUUUAAAAAACGUUGAUUUGCUCUGAUGUUGGUAUUAAAAAUAUGUCACAUACAUAUAAUUUAACAACUGUGAA